AUGGCAGCGGCUUCGACUAUUUUGGCUAUGAACUCUAUGCCAGUUGGUAGCCAUGUUUUCUUCUGGGACACAAGAGGCCAAGUCAUCAAAGGGGUCAUCCAAUCCACAACCCGGACGGCCGAGGGCUCGCUGAUGGUGGUUAUUAACAGUGACGCAGGACGAACCAUCACCCUGCCUGUGGCAGCUGUCACUCUAGAUCCCAACCCCAGCUAA